GUUGGCUUCGAGGACUUGGGGUGCUUUACGUCACUUCCUGCUACAUGCUGCAUGAUGGCGGUGUCCAUGACAGAUCUGGCACAUUGACUUCGCCUGGAUGCUUGCAGUUUUUAACCUCCUCAAGAACUUUUCAAGGGAGAUUUAUCAGCAGUUUGACUAAACCAGAAUCAGCCAACAUUAGAUGAAGUGAAUCGCAGGUAAACCGCUCUCUGUCCUCAUUCGCUAAUGUUGCUGACAUUAGCUGUGAUACACUUGUCUGCUCAGAUGCCACUGCUAGCUGUUAGCUACAUGUUUACGCAAGGUUACAUGCCAUUUUUGUGUAACUACAUCAUACAUUUCCCACUAUUCAGGCUCUUACUAUCCUCUAAAUGUACCAUAUUUCACUCUUGUCUACAGAUCAUGGCGCUCUACAGACUGUCCUUCAGACUACGACACACGGUAGGAUCUCUGUGAACAGCUGAUUUAAUAUACAAAAACUAUAACUGCAUAACCAAUGAUCCCGCAUUGACAUUAUUUAUAAUACUCUAUAAUAGUUUGCAAAGAGAUACAUGUGUGUCCAGAUGUAGACUUCUGAAACCCAGUUUUAAAAAAACAUGUUGAUAAAGGUUAUUUUUUAACAUGGAUUUAAUCCUCCUGUAUGAAUAGUCUGAAUACUUCCAUUGUACUUCCAGAGGUGGACUGACAACAGAACAGAAAUUGGCCACAAGAAGUCAUGUUAAUAAAAAAUUUGACUCAGUAAACACACUCCACACAUACUUUGUUGGCCACUUUAACUAAAAAAGGGAUAAAAACUGAUCCUAAGUCGUCUUAUCGUCUUCUUAACUUAACAAUGCUUCACCUUACAUCUUCAAUGAAUGUUUCAUGUAAACUGCUGUUCUCUUUUUAGCAGAUGCUCUAAUUAGUGGGCAAAUUCUUGGUGUGUCACAACAAAAACAACCUGACCCUCCCUUAGCUCCACACAUCAGUUCUGCUUAACUUGUCAAAUACCCAUGUGAAUCAAAUAAUAUUUAUCUAUUUAUUUAUUUAAACAACACAGGAUUUUAAGCCAUUUUUUACUGAACUUAUUUUAACUUAUUUAUUUUAACUCUUGGCUUACUUAUUAAACAAAAACAAAACUCAUAAAAUUGACCAGAAUUUCUCUGAUGGCAGCUACAGUAUUGAGGUGGUUUAUUUCCAAUUAGUUGGGUUUCUACCUUAUCUUAUGCUUUGACAAAUCAAGACAGAACUUCAUCUUGUGUUAUGAUCAUUAUUCUGUCUUAACCGUACUCCUGGUAUAUCUCUGAUUUUGCCUUACUUGUCCAUCAGGGUUGGGCAUUUGAAGACAAAACAUUUGAAUAAAAAAAAAUGUCUGUGAUCUGACUUUUGCAGGUUAACCAUGCGAGGCCUCUUCAUGUUAGUGGAUGCGGGAAGCAGCAGGAGGCUGUGGUGGUAGAGUCAGAACCAGAGCCCCUCUCAGUUUUCAGAACACAGGAGAAUGAUCCGGUAAAGAGAUCUCACCAAACCAGUCAUUACACUAUCGGGUAUUAAGGUAAUCAUACUGUGCGAGUUAACUGUUUGUCCCUUCACAGGCAUGCCAAUCAGAGAAACACAUCGGUCAGUAUUUCACUCUGGACCCCGCACAUACCCGCACUAUUUUCCCUCAUGGGCUUCCUAAUCGCUUUCAACUUCAGGUAUGUCUUUGUAUCUGUGGUCAUUAAAUCUACUGAUAAGGAUUUUUUUAUAACAUUUUUCUUUUCAAGUAUUGUAACAUCUUCUUAUUAUGAUUUCAGAUGAAAACAUUUAAUGAAGCUUGUGUGAUGGUGAGGCAACCAGCUCUGGAGGUCAUCUCUUACCUGAAGAAAACAGACUUUAGCAAACCUCCUGUGCGGUAUUUAUUUUGUAUCCUUUCAUGCACCUGCUCGCACACACACACACACACACACACACACACACACACACACACACACACACAGUGAAACAGACUGGUCUUGUUCACCUUAUCGAAUUGUUCAGAUGGGUUAAAGGGCAGUGGGAAGACGAUGUCUCUCUGUCACACUGUCCACUUCUGCCACACACAAGGAUGGCUGGUGCUGCAUAUUCCUGAUGGUGAGACAAAGAGGAUACGCUAAGUAGUACACUAACAGCUUUGCCACCGUCAGUACAGAGUUAUAAUGUCCCAUUUUGUCUUUGCAGCUCACCUCUGGGUGAAGAACUGCAAGGAGCUGCUCCCCUCCUCUUUCAACCCCUCUCGCUUUGAUCAGCCGUUACAAGCCGCCGAAUGGUUACGAAACUUUAAGAUUACCAGCGAGCCGUUCCUCUCAAAGGUAAAAACUAUUAAGCAGUAUCACCAUCCAACAAUAUUUACAUUGGCUAAAGUUUUAAGCCUCGGUUGUGUCUUUUCGUCAUCUUCCUGCUGAUAAAAAACACUGUGAUUCAGCAAAAUGUACUGCUGUAUCAGGAAUGGUAUACACAGUUCAUAUGUCUGUCACAGCAGAAAUAAAGCAGCAUUAUGGGAGUUUAAUGGUUUUGGCUGAAGGGGAUAGUUUACAAUUAGAGUUUAAUGCAGUGUGGAUGGAAAGUCUUAAAGCACUCAGCCUGGCUCUUCCUUUGUAGGGAAGAAGAAGUGUUACAGGUAGUUGAUGGAAUAAUAUGAUGGAUUAUAUGCUGUUGAGUAAUCAUAUUUGUGUAAAACUGAUCAUAGGGUGUUUUUUUGCUGAAGAAGCUCUUACAAAGACAGUUUAUCUAAAAAUCUCUAUAAUGACCUCAGGCUAAAAGGUUUUGAGACACGUACAUGUUAGCUAUGGUUUAGUGAACUGUUUUGAUAUAUGGAUACCUGGAGGGUUAAAUAGAAGCUCACGGAAACAUGUUUGGUGAAUCUGUCUUGUGUGCUGUAUUGGUAAUGAGACUUUGCCGUCUCUCCUAGAUCAAGACAAAACAGCGCUAUGUGUGGACAAAGAGAGAGUACACUGAGGAGGGGAGUACACUAGCAGAGCUGGUGGAUAUGGUAAGUUUUCCAAAGUCCAAAUAAGUAAAAUUUUGUGUAUCGUGCCCUCACCUCUUGAGUUUACUCGAGAGGUUUUUUAUGUAUGUGUUGGAAACAUGUUUUAUCCAACUCUUCAAUCAGCUCGUAUUUUUGUCUCCGUUAGGUGUUAUUUCUUUCUGCAUUUCCUCUUAAAUGGGUCAUCUUUUGCUUCGCUUGUCUUUAUUGGUGAUCAAUAACCAAGAGACUCGCGUGGUGAUGGAUCAGUACAGAAUUUUUGGAUCUGACAAAGGCAGAGAAGAGCCACAGAUUUAUGUCCCAACUGUGAAAAUACCAUCUCUAUGAAUCAUUCUGCUCUACCACUUAGAGCACCGUCUGCUGUAUAAUAAUCUACUUUUUUUAAGACGCAUUAGUGCUGCUUUGUUUUUACAGACUUGUUAUGCAGUCUGAGUUUGAGUUCACAGUUGGAGGCGCUGUGAGCUUGCUGAAGGCUGUAAUCAGAUAUGAUAUUAAUUGCCAGUGUUUUGACAGCACUUUAAAGGAAAGGGAAAAAAAUCAAAGAAUUGUGAUUGUGUGCCAUUAUGCAACACGGGGAAGGUGAAUGAAAUUUUAAUGUGUCAAAGUCAUCAUGUGCUCCAGUGAUAUCCAACAUUAUGUAUCAUUUGUCACCCAGGAGCUACUGAAAGCCUUAUACGACUUUUCCACAUGUCUAGUAUUUUUUUCUAAGACUUCUAUACAAUGUUCGUGGGUCAAUAUGAUGGAGCCCCCCCCUUUUAAUUCCUGCUGUGUAGGAAGGCAUCAUAGUUGGGUUGGUGUUUCUCUGCCGCAGGGCAUAUCUCGCGUCAAGAGCAGCAGUGAUGUUGUGGGGGCGGUGAUAAAGGAGCUGAGGCUGCAGAGCGGGCAGCCGGAGUCAAACUUCCGCUUGGCUGUGGCUGUGGACGGUGUCAAUGCCCUGUGGGGAAGAUCCACCAUCAAAAAGGAGGACAAGAGUGCUGUAUGAAAACACAUCCACAGUGAUUCAAUUCUGGUUUUCAUGCUUCUCUGUCCACAGCGUGUAUAUCUUAUGCUUCUCUUUCUGUCCAUCAGGUAGAUCCAGACGAGCUCACUUUGGUUUAUAACUUGAGGAAGCUGAUGAGGAACGACUGGGUGAGUAGGAAACACUACAGCGCCAUAGUUUUACUACAUAUUUGACUUUUUUUUUUUCUCAAUAACAUUCACUCUCUCUGUCUUAGACUGGAGGCGCCAUCAUCACAACUCUGUCUCAGACAGGGUCUCUCUACACUUCAAGAACUGACUAUUUGCCUCAAGAGCUGCUGGGAGAGGUCAGAAGUCAUGUCUUUAUGUGCUUAAUAAUCUGCAGCAGAGCUUCCCUCGAGCUUUGACAGCAGAUUAGCCUUUUCCUUAUCUGUUCUAACCUCAGUCAUUAGUCGGGAAAUUGCAAACCUGCCCUUGAGAAAAGACUUCAGCUAUUCUUUCCUCUUUCUUUGUUUCAAGCAUCUCAACAACAAAACAGUCGAUUAUUUCCAGCAGUAUUACAAGUGUAUAGAUUAUGUGUGACAUUUGUCAACAAAGGAUGAGUCUCAGCCUUUGUUUUGUGUAUAAUUGCUUUCGUUUUGUACUGUCUGGACUGUUAAACGCGCAAGCAGUGUGUUUGUGGAACAGAAACUCUGCACCAUUAUAUCCGUUCAUGUGUCGGUUCCAUGCUCACUCCGUCAGCUUUGUUUACGUCGUUUCGUGCCUGAAACUCUCUAGAUUUGCAGCAUCAUACCUUGUGACCGUGUUGACCGUGCAGUGAUAAUAUUUUUAAUGUUGGUCCUUAUCUGAUGUCUGCAUGUCACAAGAUCCAUUUUCUAAUGGACCAAUAAAUCUACUCAGCCAUCUCUGUCUUUUAUGCGGCACAAUAACUGAACUGUAAAAGUCAGUGUAGGAUCUUAUAUCAUUCUUGACACACCAAAUACUAAAAAUGGUUGAUCUUAUUUUGUAGAACAAAGUAUUAUAAUGUUUUUCAUUUAAAACAUCUACACUCAUUUGGCACAUUUGUGUGAAAUAAAUCUGUGGACAUCUUUGUAUGUGUUUAUGUUGACCUCUCUCUGGCUUGUGCUCAUCAGAGGGGGUUUGACAAGAUGGAUCCAUUCGUCCCGGUGUCAGUGCCCAACUACAGCGAGAAGGAGUUUGAGAGCUGUUACCUCUAUUACAUGGACCGCCACUGGCUGCAGCAUCCACACAGUAAGUUACUCAUCAUUAGUCUUUGCUAUUUUUGAAAAUGAAAUACAAUUGAUGCUUUUUUUGGUAACAGUGAAUGUUAUUUUUCUCUUAUCAGGUCAAACUGAAGAAGGAAAGAAGGAAAUAAUCUUUCUGUGCAACCGAAACCCAUCGCUUAUGGAAAGAUUUUGUGCAACUCACUGAAGUUACAUGGAUACGAACCAUAAGUGGAUAUCAGUGUCUGAGAAAUACAAAAUCAAACAUCCAUGUCUGUAAUAUGUGACCCGCUGUAAAUUAUGAUGCCUGUGUGUGACUUUGAUAAUAAAAUCUUGACUAAAGUUUAAAAAAAA